CCUGUGGAUACAAAAGUUGUGAUUGUUGGUGGCGGAAUCGCCGGUAUCAAAGCAGCUAUUGAGCUGCAAAAGAAGGGCAUCCGAUACACGAUACUGGAAGCAAAGGAUCGGCUAGGAGGCCGACUACACACUGUCGAGGGUAAGAAUGGCAAGUACGACAUGGGUGCGAGCUGGUUCCAUGAGACUUUGAAGAAUCCGCUGUUUGACGAAGAGGUGGGCCUGUCGAAGGAGUUGAACUUUUACUUCAACGAUGCGCCAGUCAAAUACAUCGACAGAGACGGCGAGAUCGAUCCAAUGCUGGGCAUUGACCCCAUCAUGGAGGAGAUUUAUAAGUUCUCUGAGCUGGAAAGCUAUCGAGAUCUGGAUGAGGACGACUCGCUCUACAACGUGGUGCUCAAGUACCUCAGAGAGAGGAAGAACAUCUUAUCAGAUGAACAGAUCCUAAAGGCUUCUCAGAGAGCAAGAGAGGUUGAAUUAUGGCAUGGUACCGAGACAAAGUGCACUAGUAAUAAGUACGCAGCCGUGGAUAACUGUGGACGCAAUGCCAUGGCAUUGCACUACGACAAGGUGCUGAAGAGACACACUGACGAGCUGGACCUUGCGAACGUGAAACUACAAGCCGUGGUGAAGUCCAUCUGUCGUGUCGAUAAAGGUCGGAGAGUGGUUGUAACUACAACUGCUGGUGAUGAGUUUGAAGCUGACUACGCCAUUGUGUCUGUCCCGCAAUCCAUCCUCCACUUAGAGGAAGGUUCAGAGGGACAUAUUGAAUUCAAUCCACCUUUGCCCUUGGCUAUUACCGACUCUUUGAAGAAGAUGCACUAUGGAGCUCUGGGUAAGGUGGUUCUAGAGUUCGACGAGGUGUUUUGGCCAACGGAUUGUGAGAGGUUCUCCGUGCUAGCAUCACCACCAAGUGGGUUUCUACAAGCGAUAAAGACAGGCUCUGAGAUACCAGACUAUCCACACUCCGACAAGCCAAAGACGUGGGAACAUCCAGUGCUGUUUGUUAACAUGGCAACCACACAGAAGAUCCCAUCACUGGUUGUGUUGACACAGUCGCCUCUCACCGACUAUCUGGAGUCAAACCCUCAGUAUGCGUGGGAAUACCUGAGACCAAUGGUUCUCAAGUUGGCCAAUGCAGAGCAAGUUCCUGAGCCAAUUAACGUCUUGGUGAGUCCAUGGACUCAAGACCCGUACCAACGUGGCUCCUAUACAGCGUGCCAUCCCGGUGAUGAUCCAUUACAAUCCAUAAUUGCGUUCGAAACUGGCUUUGGUAACGUUAGAUUCGCAGGUGAGCACACCAUAUUGGAUGGAACGGGAUGUGUGAUGGGCGCAUGGUGUAGUGGUACAAGAGAGGCUACUUAUAUC